AUACAACAGAAACAAACUAUCACUCGGCACACAUUUUCACCAAGCUUAAGUCCUCUUAUUAACGAUGUAAUAGAAAUACUAAUCCUCCAUUAAACCAAAUGGUUUUCAAGAAGUUGGCCUCCUUCAUCUUCAACUUCAUCGGUCUGAGGAGGCAGCUAAGGAUUAAAGAUGUAACGUCUUAUGAGACAAUGGCAUUAGAUGUUUCAGAGAAAUCCGACGGCAUGCUUAAAUCUCUGGGAGGAUCAAGCUCAGCUGAAGGUGAAUUCUGUUGUGUUUGCUUGUCAAGAUUGAAUGGAGGAGAUGACAUGCGUGCGCUACCUUGUCUGCACAAGUUUCAUAAGGUAUGCAUUGAUAGAUGGUUCAAAGUGUGCCGGAAAACUUGUCCGGUGUGCCGGUUUGCGAUGGAGGAAAAGGAGAGAUCAUACAAGAGAGAAGAGCAGCUAACUGAAGAGAUGGUAAUAUGGUUUUCCUCUUUUCAUGUAGCUGGCUUUUAAGUUGCAGUAGAAUUCUUUAUAAUUUGAGUGAAAUGAUCACAAACUUUUCCAAUAAAAUGUAGAAACAGACAAAUGAAAUGUAAAUUCAUUAUCGUUAGAUUGUUAGCCUUGCUUGGAAUCAAUCCUUCGGUCCUGUUACAGAGCAAAAAUAAUAAUAAUAAUGAAAUGCUAAAAUUU